CCUCAAUCUCUGUCUCCUCUGCUUCUACUUCAUCCCAAAAACUCUAGAUCUUAGAUGGGAUUCAGAUAUGUUUCAUUCUCUGUUUUUUAAUUUGAAUCCUUAAUCCCUUAAAUUGAGUUUGAAGAUAAGGUAAGCUUCGAUGAUGAUGGUUUGAUCGUCUUCAAACUAGACGAGUCGUCUUUCGUUGGUAGGGAUUGAAAACUUUGUCUCUGCCAUUGAAGAACAUCAUGAACCCGGCCAGACAAGUGAUUGUUCCUGAUGAAGAUGGGGACGGGGUGAUGAGGAGAAGACUUUGCCAGAGUCUAAUGAUGCAAAAAUUAUUCUUCCAAACUCUAAAGAUGUUGAGAUUACUGUUUCGAAUUGAGAUUGAUGCGAUGAUGAGAACCUAUGUUCCUGAGUAUGAUGACCCAAAAUUUGCAGUUGGGGAUAAUGAUGAAAAUUUUCACAUUUCUGAGUCCCUAUAUUAGAUGAAAUUUUUCACAUUUAUUUCUUGAUUUAAGUUUAAAUCUAUUUUUUUUUGUUGAUGAGAUAAUACCAUUCCAAAAAGCAAUAGUAUGAGCUUUUUUUACUAGAUACUCCGUGUUACUUUUUGGUUGUUCAUGAAGACCCCUAUCCUUUUUCAACUCUAAGGGUAUUCUU